ACUACACUGAUGCUGCGGUUAAUGCGGAGUCAUUUCUAAUUUCACACAUUACAGUAAUUCAACACUGCAGCUAACAGCACUGAUUAUAUAUUUGCACUGAGAUGCUCAUCAGAUUGCUACAAGUUUUUUUCGCCUUAUCAUCCCUCAUUUUAUCAAAAGCUCAAGAUGUGAUGGGAUCAGGUCACUCCUGCUUCAGAGCGAGUCCUGCCGGCGACGGACAGACGCGCGUCACGUUCCUGCGAGAGGACGCGGCCGGUGCGCGCUCCUUGUACCUCACCCUGUGGUCCGAGGAUAUGCGUCUGGUAACGUGCGAGGUCAACGGGAAUCCGCUCGCCACGGAAAGAUACCGCACCCUCUGCGACAGAAGCGGCGCCCAGGGUCGAGAGAUCACCCAGAGGUUUAACAUCAGUGGUGUACUGGCGGCUCCGGAUGCUCCCUGCGCGCCCGUCUCCUCCAGUGCGUUUACCAGGCCAGAGGGGAGAACUCGGAGGAAACGCGCCUGGAUAUUGCCAGGAACGCUGUGGUGCGGCAGGGGAAGCGGAGCGGUCAAAUACGAACAGUUGGGGAUGUUUGAGGAUACAGACAGAUGCUGCCGUGAGCAUGACCACUGCUCGCACAUCAUCCCUGCUUUCACGGUGAAUUACGGAGUCUUCAACCGCAACUUCUACGCCGUCUCACACUGCGACUGUGACCAAAGGUUUCGACAGUGUCUUCUCGAAGUGAAUGACACCAUUUCCAGCAUGGUGGGCUACAGCUUUUUCAACAUCUUGCAGAUUCCCUGCUUUGAGCUCAAACGGCAGAGGCAAUGCACCGAGAUGUACUGGUGGGGAAUGUGCAAAGUAGCCAAAGAGGCUCCAUAUGCCAUCUUCCAAACCCCCCUACCAUACACUAACUCUAAUGUUACUAGCAAAUAUGGAGACAACACAGACAGCAACAAGUUAACAAGCAGUGAGGGGCAUCAUGUGACCAAAAGACCCACAAUCAGCCCACUCAGAAAGUCACCCAAAAGUGAACGUAGAUGUGGCUCCAGAGACCCACCCAGAGGAGACACUUUCUUCCGCAAAAGGACGAAGGGAAAAAGAUGUAAAACACACAAGAAACUGUCUACAGUCGCACCCUCCCUAAUGCCCCCGGUAUCAAGUGUACACAGCACUACUCCUCAGAUGAACACGGGUCGUUUAAAAGCUUCUAAAAGUAGAGCAAUGAAGUCAAAUAAAAAAGGAAUUGGAAAAAAGAAGAGCACCAGAAGGGGUCUGUCGCCUAACCCAACACAGAGAAGCCAAAUUCCACCACAGGUGCCCGCGAACUCUUAUCUACAAGCAUUAUCUACAGCACAAAGCUCUUCACCUUUGACGCAGAGGAAAAAACCUCAAUCAAAUCUAGCGACAGCCAUCACUGCGAUGACCAAAACCAUAAAAAGUCACAAUAAAGUUCCAAAGAGAAGUCGCUGUUGUGGAUCCAGGAUGCCUGUGAAGGGUGACGCUUUUUGGACACACUGUAAAAGUUGUCUGGAGCAAGAAACAAUGUCUCACAUGACAACUGUUACAGCCGCAGCAACUACAAAUAGACCAUCAAUCAAAGUGACAAAGGGGCGGCUCAAAAAGACAACAAAAACAUCCAAACAGGACACUUUGAAAAUACUUGGGAAUACAGCUACAUUUGCAACGCCCAUCGCAGUAAAAAUAAAGACAACAGCCUCUCUUCAUAAGGAUGCCAAGCCACAGAAGCGGACUGACUCGCAUCUACUAGAGAAUGAUACAAACCAGGAGCCCAGGGGUAAUACCAUAGCUCAAAGUACCCAUGCAGACGGAGGCUCCAAACAAAAUAAGGCAUUGCAUAAUAUGACAGAUAACCAGCUCCUGUGUGGAGGCCUCAAACAUUUAGAUGAAUGUAAAUACCAAAUCCCUCCUUUGGAGAAGAAGUAUAAUCUGCACAACAUGGAGUCAAAAACUGCCUACCACUGCAACUGCACCAGCCGCUUGGCUGGUCAGAUCAAAAGCUUCAAGAAACCCAGUAUUCUCUCCACACUACUGAUGGAUUUUGUCUCCCAAUACUGCUUUAAACUGCCGAUGGAGAAAAAAUGCCAGCGCAGGAAAAGCUGUUCUGGAGGCUUCAUUAAAGCCUCUGACCUACUUCGAGCACUUAAGAAGAUAGAGGAAAAAGACAGUGCUGGGGUGCAAAAUUCAGGCAGUGACAGAAGAAGAGGGAAUCCUGUUCGUCUUUAUAAGCGAUGCCUAAGGCUGGAGAGAGAAGCUGAUGUUAUGGCACAGCUCACAUGAUUACAGACUAAGCUGCUAUGUGCAGCAACAAUGACUUUUACAAGCUUUGAAUUUCAUGCAGCAUUUUCUGUUUCUCUGUAAAAUGGUAGUAUGAGGAAAACAGUCACAGACUCAAACCCAUCAAUGCAGUAAUAUUUUUGUAAGUAUGCCAUGGAUGUAAAUUAAAGGUAUUUAUAAAGAACUGUAAUACAAAACUGCAAACCAUCCAGGUGUGCUUUGAAAGUGUAAUACACUGAUUUUUUUUUCUUGUGUGAAAAUUAUGUGUCAAGGGCAUUUUUGCAGACAUAUUCUGUUAUCUGCACUGCAUAUUGAUUUAGUAAGGAAACAUACACUACACUGCUUAACAAAACAACCCACAACCUUACAGUAAUCAUAAUCCUAAAUGAGAAAAGUUCAACAACAAAUUCUUGCUUUACCUUUCAACUUGUUACACAGUAGAGCAGUGUUAUCCAUCCCUACCUCUCAUAAUAUAUAAUACAAAAAUAAAUAUCUUAUAACGUUUAUAUAACAUCCCUGAUCCAAAAACUUUUUGAGAGGACUACAACCUGUUCAGUGUGCAUACCAUCUGCCUUUUCAUUCCAUAAACUUCAGUGUCUUACAUUGUAUUGCAUCAGUAGUUAUUUUUUUAGAUAUAUUAUUUGGAAAAUAAGAGAGAUAUAAAAUGGCUAUAUCAGAUAUCUGGAACUUAUUCAAAGAUCCAUUUCAAUUCAACUAGACAAUCCUCACGCUCAAACACACCAUCACCAGGAUCAGUUUUCAGGAUGUAGGGGUACAGAUUUUAUGGAAUACUUUGUGGGUUCCAUAAAAAUAUUAUAAUGUGUUGUUUAAAAAUGUAAACAUGUUCUUUGCUUUAUUUACCUGCUUUUAUGACCUUUUUAUAUUUAUGUUACAUAAAUAUGUUUAUAUUUAUGUGAUUAUAAUGGCAAAGUAGAGAAUUGUGAGUGUGUGAGAAAUGUUAAAAGAGGAUACAUUAAAUCACA